UUUCGGUGUAGUUAAACAAGCAAAAACAGUGUAAGAUCGAUGCCGCUUCUAUGCAUUACAUACUGAAUAAACUUCUUUUCGACAACAUACACCGACAAUACCGCGACGAGAGCGUAAAAAGGCUGCAGAAAAAAUUGAAGCAAUCGGUAAAAAAGAGAUUUAAAUUGAACAACGCACUUGCAUCGAUCGAAACAACAAUACGACGACGACGACAAACAAGACAAAGACAGAGAACAAAUAAAAAUUGGUGACAAAACGCGCGUGGAAUUGUGCCUGUGCAAAUUCAAAGACCGUGUUUUACAUAGACAAAGUACAUUUCGUGUGUCGCAGCAAAUCCAAUUCGAAAAAGGUCUAUAUAACAAAAGCGCCGGUCAAUCAAUUUAGUAUUAAAACAGUUCAAUUCAAUUACCUGGCAACUGAGAGUUUUUUUUUUUGGACGACUAAAUUAAAAAUUUACACGAAAAAGUGCGAAAAAUAGACAUUCGUGAAUGUAGUUAUUUGUUCAAUAGUUACGUGAAAAGACAAACGUAGAAUCUAAAGAAGAAGAAGAAGAAGACCGAAUCCAAAAUGGAUAACGAGAAUGGUACAGCAGCAGCAGUGGUUACCACAAAAGUCGAUGAACCAAAACCGGCCGAAAUCACAACAACAAAAACAGAUUCAAUUGACACAGCGGCGAUAGUUGAAACAAUAAAAAGUGCCGAAGUUGCAAAUUUAGAUGAUAAAUUGGCCGAUGCAGCUGUAAAAACGGGCGAAUUGAAAGCCCUUAAUAAUUCGUCAGCAAACGAUGUGGUUGGCGCUGUUGCUGUUAACAAAACCACGACCACAGUUACAGUGAAUGUAACACAGACCAAAGUCAAAUUGGACACUGAUGUGGUGGAUAAAGGCGGUCAGGGUAUAAGUGAAGUUGUUUCGUCAGUAUCAAGUAUAGCUGAAGCUGCAGUAGGUGCAAUUGAAAAGGCCGAACAGGAACUGAAAAAAUCGGACGCGGUCAAUGAAGCCAAUUCAAUUGAAGAUAUUGAAAUGGCCGACGCAGAAGCCGAUUGUGAAAUGAAAGAUGUAUCUUUGGUCGAAGAGCAACCACAAGUGGUAACAACAACCACGACCACAAAGAGUGAAACAAAAAAUGUAGAAGCUGAUUCAGUAAAUAGCAGCAACAUAACUCUCACGGGCGUUGCUGAACCAGCCGCUGCUGCUGUUAUCUCUGAAGCGACUGCUUCACAAGCCAAUGAGGCCGAACAAAAAAUUGAUGAUGUUGAAAAGAACAUUAGCAAUUUGUUUAACGGGGACGACAAUGUCGUUUCCACUAAUGACGAUGACAAACAAAACGAUGACUUAUCAAAAGCUGAAAACUCUGCAGCGGUUGUUGCUAGUUCACAGAAUGAUAAUGAUUUAUUGAAAAACGGCAUCGAAUCGUCCGGCUCAUGUAAAGGAAAACAGCAAUCACAUGACGCAAUUAAAGACAAUAACGACCUUGUCUCCAUAUUGGCUGGAAGCGAUAAGCCCGAUGAGGACAUAUCCAGCAGUGUUAAUGUGUCGGCCAGUGACACCAGUGAUGCUGUAUCAAAAAAUGUAUCUGAAGCAAAAUCAAUUGAAAAUAAACCGCUCAAAAGUGUGAGCAGCAGUACAUCGCCGAGCAGCAGCUCCACUACACAAUCGAAUAUCAAUAAUGGACCGCCAAUUCAAAAGCAAUGCGAUCCAGUGGCUUCAAACGAAACUCAUAAAGGUCUCGGCGGCAAAGCCUCACGACAAGAAAUCAUUUCAUCUCAUUCAAGUACAACCGUGGAAAAAUCAUCGGACCUUUCAGGCCAAUGCCCGGCGGAGUCAUCGUCGACAAAUGUCAAGGAUACGCAAAACAUUAACGGUCUAUCGGAUGUAAUAAAUGCAUUAAUUGGCAAAAAAGAGAGCCCCACAAAAUCAGACAUAAUUGAUUCAUCAUCUGCGACGAUUGAGACAGCAACAACACCCAAGACUUCAGUUGCCAAAAUUGUACCAGAACAAAGCACAUACGAUGUGAAUGUUUCCUACGAUAAUUCGGAAUUGGUUUAUUUUAGCGUGAAAAGGCAAGGCACAAAUAGUUCAUCAGGUCAAUUGAACACAACAGAAAUCAAAGAAGAAGUCAAAGGUACUGCGGAACUUUGUACAUUCAUCAUUGAUCAUUUUGAAAAGAUUCGUUCAAAAUUGACUGGAAAUGAAACGGUACAAAGAACGCCGGCAACAAGUGGUCGUGGUCGUGGCAAAAAAUCGGAACCAUCAACUCCAUUGGUCACAAAUACGGGAUCGAAACGUAAGCGUGGCGCUGCCGUAGAAGUACCAGAAUCGCCAGUAACCGAUUCAGAGUCUCAGCCAAAGUCAGCUAAAAAAGCUAAAAAGGAGCCAACCACUCCAAAAGCGGCCGCAGCCGAAUCCGAAUAUCCUGAAAAAGCGGUGCUCGCCCGAUGGGUAGACAAAAAAUUCUACGCGGGUCGUGUAAUUGAACAAAAGCCAAACAGCAAAUAUGUUGUUUUGUUUGAAGACGGUGCAAAGAAAACUUUGCCCGAAGAGCACAUUUUAUUUGGCAAAGAGAAUAUUUUGCCGUUGGUCAACGAAAAUGUGCAUGCAUUAGUUGAUGGCGAUACAUAUGAACCGGGUAACGUUCAAUCAGUGGAAACAAAAGACGAUGGUGUUUACUAUACGGUAUUGUGUGAAUCGACAACGGUUACGGUAACAGCAUCGGACAUUUACUUGGAAGAAGAACAAGCCAAAGUGAUUUUAUCGAAACAGGCAACAAAUAAUCCAGAGCCCGGCUUUUCUGGCGGCUCCAGCACCCGAAAAGAUCGACGCAAUAAGAGAGCGGAAACAAAUCGUCACGUGCAAUGGUUUUCUGAAAGCGAUGUAUCUGAUAUUAAUGAAUCGGAUUCAAGGCCAGCCAGCCCUGUUACGGUAUUAGAAGCGGUUGAUGGCGUUCAACCAGAACUUCAGCAUACUCAAAAAGAAUCCGAACUCGUCAGAAUUUGCUAUUUAAUGGAACGUUUUGGCAGCGAUUUUAAAAAAGUCAAUUUGGACAAUGUGCUUGGUCCGAUAAAUCAAACGAAUAUUUUGAAAAAUAAAAGUUUUCUGCUCACCUGCACAAUUCCAAUUAAGACGGCAACCAAUGGCACCAACGAACGGCAAAAUGUUCGACACAAUGGAUAUGAUUUUAGCAAUAGAAAUACAGUUUUCUCAUCGGUACCUUUCUUCAAAGACUAUUUAAAGCAGCAAAUCGAAGCAGCCGGCGGGACUGUAUAUUCAAACUUUGAAAAUAUUCCGACAAAUAAGUAUCGCAAUUGCUUCUUACUUGCACCAUUUCCAUGUAUAACCGCCAAGUAUGUUCAGUGUUUGGCAGCAAAUAUAACGGCUGUGUCUCACGAAUGGAUAGUCGAGAGUUGUCAACGGAAUAAAUUAUUGAACAAAGAUGAAUACGUGCUGCCGUCCGGAUGGUCAAUUAUCGAAUCAAAAUACAAGCCAUGGUCAAUUGGACGCGGACGUGAUCAACGUAAAAAUGCAUUCAACAAAACGACAAUCAUUCUAACAAGCCAACAAAGUGACUUUGUUGAAUUUUGGUCUCGAGUUUGUAAAUCGGCCGGGGCCAAAAUUCGUCUCGUUAAAUCAACAAACGAUAUCACUGCAACUACAAAGGGUUAUAUUUUACUCGACGACGAAUUUCCGCCGGAAUAUCAAAUAUAUGCUGAAAACUUCCACAUUCCAAUCGUAUCAACAGUUUGGGUUAUACAAUCUCUAAUUCUUGGUAAAGUGUGUGAUCCCAAUGCUCAUCCGAAACUCACACAAUUGUAUGAAGAUGACUAUUUUUAAAUGUGUGCGCCAUGACCUCUCUCCCCUCAAUCAAUGACCAAAUGAGUCAAUUUUUAUUAGAUUUUUAACGAAAAUUUUACAUUUUGUACAGACUAUCGCUCCGAAGAGAAUCGAUCACAUCGACAAAUGUAGAAAAAUUAGAAAAUUAGACUAAAUAUCGAAAUAAUGUACAAAAUCAAAGAAAUCACAUUAGCAUGUGGUUGGAUAGAAUAGCCACAGUACCUAACAUUAUUACAAUUAUUAUUACUUUCGUUUGACGAGUUUAUGAACAAACAAACAUUUGACGAGGAUUAGCAAAUUUUUUUAAAAUAAAAAAAAAAACUAUUGUUAUUGACAAAACAAAAAUAAGGAAACAAAACUAGGAAAUUGUAUAAUGAAAAAAAUGUAUGAGAAACAAAAACCAAACAUGGAGAAUGCUGCGCCUUUUGCGGCUCAUUCUUUUUAAACGAUGUAGAUAAAACACCGACAAAAAAAAGAUGAAUAAAAAACACACAACAGAUGAACUGACAUAAAAUUCCU